AUUAUUGAGGUCAUCAACGAAGUAGUUUUGGGCUCAGUCAUAGCCAUCUUCGGAAUAGUUGCCAACUCUAUCAACAUCGCCGUCUUCAAUCGCCAGGGACUCAAUACAACGAUAAACAUCAGCUUCACCAUGCUGGCCGUGUCGGAUCUGUGCAGCCUGGUCACAUACCUCAUGUUUAACGUCUGUACGAAUCCGUUGGUCGUCAACUCCGGGGCGCCGGUCGUGUUCUCCGAGGUGAAACAUCUGACAUCCGCGUUCCCUCACGCGUGUUUCAGCCGUGUCACCGCCUGGAUCACUGCCUACAUCACGGCCGAGAGAUGUGCUUGUAUCGCCUACCCGUUAAAAGUCAAGAGAAUGAUCACACCGCGUCGUGCAUGUGUAAUCUUGGUGGCCAUCUACGCGGUGAUGAUCUUGUCGCUGACACCGGAAUAUGCAACCGUUUACGUCACAUGGAAGUUUUACCCACAGCUGAACAGAACCCUUCUUGGAACUUCAAUUAGUGAGGACCGUAACAAUGUUAAGAAAAUAACAUUUUUACUCUACUCCAGCUACACCAUCAGCUCUUUCAUCGCCGUUAUCCUCUUCACAUCAAUUCUAUUGGUUGCCCUCAACAGAAAGGCAAAGUGGAGGCAAGUAGCCACAACCGGGCAGUCUGAAAUCAUCGCGACCAGGGACAAGAAGACUGUCAAAAUGGUCAUUGUUUUGGCGGGAAUUUUUGCAGUCACAGUGUCACCUGCUAUCAUAUUGACAGCGGUCAUGCUUUCAAUACCAGGAUUCGAUUUCGUUGGAGAGUAUUCGAAUCUCUUCUUUGUGUUCUUUUCAUUCAGAUUUCUUUUUGACGUCAUCAAUUCGAGUGCACACAUCUUUCUUUAUUACAAGAUGAGUUCAAAUUACAGAGAUAGUUUUCACGAGAUUAUGGAGAAG